CCACAGCAGGGAUGACAUGUCCCCUGUGCCACAGGGAUGUGCCACUGGACAGGGUUUCCAGCCAGCUCCUGUACGUGUAAAUAGCAGAUUGUGGCAUUUGGAGUGUGUGGCAUGGUUUUUGCUUUGCUGUGGGGUAACCUGGAGGUCCUGGCAACACCACGGGAUGUGAAGGCAAGUUCUGCAGUCCUGGAGCUCCUGGGAAAGGAUGUGCAGGCUGGGGGAAAACACAACCCCCAGGCAUGUCAUACCAAGCACACCUUCCCCCAAGCACAGAUGUCACACAAUUUGGGGUUUCUGCCAGGCUGACAUCCCCACUGGUGUUCCCAGCAAGCCAAAGCAUUACUGCACAGGGUGAUGGGCCAGGGGAUCCAGCCUGCACCUGAGCUGUGCCAUUGACCCACAGUUACAGGUCCUGUGCAAGCAUCUCCAGCUGAGCAGGUGAGUCCUUCAAGUGCACUUCAAGGCAAUUUCCAGAAGCAGAGCAUCUCCCAUCCUUCCUUCUCUGGCAUGGGUUCUGCAUCUCAAAUAAUUUCAGUGUCAAAGGUAGGAUAAUCCUGGCUGUGUGUUGCUGCUGGGGAGGCUGCUGGAGCAACAGGACUUUCUGAGCUGGCAGGGGGACAAACACAUGUCCUUGUCCCCUCUCACAAAUUGGACAGAACCAAACAAACCCCAGUCAUGCACAGCUCCACUUGUCACUGGGGAUGAGAGAGCAGCACAGCUUCUUGAGCCCCAUCUUGCUCCAAAAUGGGCUGGUUUUGUGGCAGAGACAGAAAACGGGCAGCACCCAGCAAGUCCAUGAGCGCUGUGUGGAUGGUGGGAGCUGCAAGCAAAGCACUGAGGCUGGGUUUGUGUCACAUCCCCAGGGUGGUCAGUGCCUGUGGGGCAGCAGUGUCCUCAUGCCUGCUGCUCUCCUCUCCUGCAGAUGCCGUGCUGGGGCCGCCUACGCUCCGUCCUGAAGCUGCUUUCCCGCAGGAAACGAGUCCUGGCAAGCUCAGAGGGCUCCAGCCUCCGCCGCUGCCUCUCCACCGUGGAUCUGGUUGCCUUGGGAGUGGGCAGCACGCUGGGGGCCGGUGUCUACGUCCUGGCAGGGGAGGUGGCCAAGACCAGCUCUGGCCCGAGCAUCGUCCUUUCUUUCCUGAUUGCAGCUGUGGUGUCUGCCCUGGCAGGGCUGUGCUACGCCGAGUUUGGGGCCCGUGUGCCCCUGGCUGGCUCUGCCUACCUCUACAGCUACGUGACAGUGGGCGAGCUCUGGGCCUUCCUCGCUGGGUGGAACCUGCUGCUGUCCUACGUCAUUGGUACAGCCAGCGUUGCCCGGGCCUGGAGUGCUACAUUUGACCAGCUCCUCGGCGAGAAGAUGGGGAGGUUUUUGGGUGCUCACGCAGCCAUGAGCUCUGUGGGGCUGGCAGAGCACCCAGAUGCCUUUGCUGCUGGCCUGGUGGUCCUACUGGCAGGGCUUCUUUCCUUUGGAGUGAAGGAGUCCACCAUGGUCAACAAAGCCUUCACAGCUCUCAAUGUGCUUGUCCUGCUCUUUGUCACAGUGAGUGGCUUCAUCAAAGGUGACAUGAGCAACUGGAGGCUCCAGGAGGACAACCUGCCACAGGCAGCUGCCCAUGAGGCUGGGAACCAGUCCAUGGUGGACAACAUGACCAGUGCCUUUGGGGUGGGAGGCUUCAUGCCCUAUGGUUUCACUGGGACCUUGGCUGGAGCCUCUGCCUGUUUCUAUGCCUUUGUUGGAUUUGACUGCAUUGCUACCACAGGGGAAGAAGUGAGGGACCCACAGAGAUCCAUCCCCAUGGGCAUCAUUCUGUCCCUCCUCAUCUGCUUCCUGGCCUACUUUGGGGUGUCUGCUGCCCUCACCCUGAUGAUGCCCUACUACCUCCUGGACACCACGAGCCCACUGCCAGUGGCUUUUGAGCACAUUGGCUGGAGCGCUGCAAAGUACGCCGUGGCUGUGGGGUCACUGUGUGCCCUGACCACCAGCCUCCUGGGCUCCAUGUUCCCCAUGCCACGGAUCCUGUAUGCAAUGGCUCGAGAUGGGCUCCUCUUCAAACCUCUGGCCAAAGUUAGUCACCGUCAGUGCCCGGUGGUGGCAACUCUGGUGUCUGGGGGAGUGGCAGGUGGGUGAGUGCUUGGGUUACCCUUACCUGUGAGCAGGGCUUGCUGGGUGUCCUCUUUCCCUCUAGCUUGACUGCAGCUGUCUGAGCAAUGUCUCUUCACCCAGACACAGAUCUCCUCACAGUGGGUGAGGACACCUCGAUGGUAUCCCAGACACUGGUUCAGCCUCUGCCAGGCAGCAGGUGACAGGAUGCUUUGUACUAGUGACCAAAGUGUCAUCAAUUCAUCGAGGUUCUGUUGCAGAGGGUGUCAGGGGGAUAUGGGAGGUCAGGAGAGUAUGACUGAUGUGGGCACAGCAGCACUGCCAGCUCUGCUCAGAGGCUGAAAGGGCUUCUCUUCCCCACAGCUCUCCUGGCCCUUCUCUUCGACCUGAAGGCCCUGGUAGACACCAUGUCCAUUGGCACACUGCUGGCCUACUCCAUGGUGGCUGGCUGUGUGCUGCUGCUCAGGUGACACUGCUGGGGACAGGGGACAGGGCUUCUGGUGUGGGCCAUGCCUGGGACAGGCUCUGGCCUGGGUGCACUGCAGGUGCAGGUUUAUGUGCAUUGACCUCCAAUGUCUGCUCCUCAGGUAUCGGCCUGAGCCCAGCUCUCGGGACACUCCUGCAGGGAAGGUCCCAGCUGUGCAGCUCUGGUGGCACCACCUGGUCCAGCCGCCCCCCCAUGCCACCCCUCGCUCCUCUGCUGUGGUGGUCUGGGCUCUGG